AUGUUCAAGAAAGCCCUUCCAAGGGCAAUCUAUCGGUCUCGACGAGCUCUUCAUAGCUCGGCACCAGUUAGACGCGUUGUUUCUACCAGCCCAGUGAAGGCGCAAGAAGUUCAGUCUUGGGCUUCCGGAAAAUAUCCCUUGAUUGAACACGAGUACGAUGCUAUAGUAGUAGGUGCUGGCGGUGCUGGCUUGAGAGCUGCUUUCGGUCUUGCAGAGGCUGGUUUCAAUACUGCUUGUAUCACAAAGUUGUUUCCUACCAGAAGUCACACAGUAGCGGCACAGGGAGGAAUUAACGCGGCUUUAGGAAAUAUGACAGAGGAUGAUUGGAGAUGGCAUAUGUACGACACGGUCAAGGGAUCUGACUGGCUGGGUGAUCAAGAUGCAAUCCAUUAUAUGUGUCGCGAGGCCCCAAAUACUGUGAUUGAGCUGGAGCACUUUGGAGUCCCAUUUUCCCGUACCAAGGAGGGUAAAAUUUAUCAGAGAGCAUUUGGUGGUCAAUCAUUGAAGUAUGGAAAGGGCGGACAAGCCUACCGUUGUGCUGCUGCUGCUGACCGUACCGGGCAUGCCAUUCUUCACACUCUUUACGGCCAGUCUCUGCGGCACAACACCAACUUCUUCAUCGAAUUCUUCGCUCUUGAUCUUAUCAUGCAAGAUGGAGAGUGCGUCGGAGUCAUCGCUCUAAACAUGGAAGACGGAACGUUACAUAGGUUCCGCGCACACAAGACGGUUCUGGCUACUGGAGGUUAUGGUCGUGCCUACUUCAGCUGCACCAGCGCACAUACGUGCACUGGCGAUGGAAACGCAAUGGUCGUUCGUGCAGGCUUACCUUUACAGGACCUGGAAUUCGUUCAAUUCCAUCCAACUGGUAUAUAUGGUGCAGGCUGUCUGAUUACCGAAGGGUCCCGUGGUGAGGGUGGUUACCUCCUGAACUCUGAUGGAGAACGAUUCAUGGAACGCUACGCGCCUACCGCUAAGGACCUUGCAUCCAGAGACGUCGUUUCACGAAGUAUGACCAUUGAAAUUCGCGAGGGGCGUGGUGUUGGACCCGAGAAGGAUCAUAUCUAUCUUCAACUCAGUCACCUUCCACCCGAGGUUCUUCACGAACGAUUGCCUGGUAUUUCGGAGACUGCUGCCAUCUUUUCUGGGGUCGAUGUAACGAAGGAGCCUAUACCUGUGCUCCCAACGGUUCACUAUAAUAUGGGAGGUAUCCCCACUAGAUACACCGGCGAGGUCCUUACGAUCGACGAGAAUGGUAAGGACAAAGUGGUGCCUGGCCUAUACGCUGCUGGUGAGGCGGCUUGCGUCUCCGUCCACGGCGCCAAUCGUCUUGGAGCCAACUCGCUGCUUGAUAUCGUGGUUUUCGGUCGCGCCUGCGCGCAUCACAUCCAGGAAACUACGAAACCAGGGCUGCCUCACAAGGCAAUUCCCGAAGAAACUGGCCUCAAGACCAUUGAAUUUCUGGAUAAAAUAAGAACAUCGGAUGGUCCUAAUCCUACGGCCCAAAUUCGGCUUGACAUGCAAAAGGCGAUGCAAUCGGAUGCGGCUGUCUUCAGAACUCAGGAGUCUUUGAACGAGGGUGUCUCGAAGAUGCGCGAGAUUUACAAGACCUUUGAUCAGGUCGGGAUCAAGGACAGGAGCAUGAUAUGGAACACUGAUUUGGUUGAAACACUUGAGCUACGCAACAUUUUGCAAUGCGCUAUUCAGACCGUCGUCUCUGCUGCCGCACGCAAGGAGUCCCGCGGUGCACAUGCUCGUGAAGAUUACCCUGAGCGUGAUGACGAAAACUGGAUGAAACACACCAUGUCCUUCCAACGUGAUUCCUCAUUACCGGAUGUGGAGCUGCAGUAUCGUGGAGUUAUUGCGAACACUCUUGACGAGAAUGAGUGCAAACCUGUUCCUCCUUUCAAGCGUGUUUAUUAG